AUGGCGCUCAUCCAGACGUCGCUCAUCUGGGUCGCCUACGCCGUCGCCGUCGGCCUGCUGCUCGCCAUUGCCUGCGUCUUCGUCUUCGUCUACCAGACCCCCCGCGAGCGCGCCGCCGCCGUCACCGCCGUGAGCAUCUUCACCACGCUCGCCCUGCUGGCCACGGUCCUGCUCAUCCCCGUCGACGUCGCCCUCGUCUCGUCCACCAGCCGCUCGUCGCUCGGCCGCAAGAAGGACUGGGCCACGCCCGACCGCGUCGACGGCAUUACCCACACCCUGCAGAUUGUCUACUACCUGCUGUACUCGCUCGACGCCGUCCUGUGCCUGCUGGUCGUGCCCUUUACCUACUUCUACCACGACGAGCGUGACGAUGACGCCGCCGAGCGCGGCGAGCAGACGGUCGGCCAGCGCAUCCUGGGCGCCCUCAAGUACACAAUCGCCUUUUUGCUCUUCGUCGUCGCCAUCUUCCUCGUCGGCUUCUUCGUGCCCUUUGCCAAGCAGGCCAAGGACGACCGCCGCCUCGACCUCGACUUUUUCAAGCACCUGCUCGAGGAGAACCAUGGCGAGCGCGCCCUCUCCUUUGCUCUCGGCCUGCUCAUGACCAUCGGCACCCUCCUCUUCGUCCUGUACACCGGCGCCGGCAUGGCCCUCCUCCCCGUCGCCCUCAUCAAGUCGGCGCCCUCCAUCUCCGCCCCGACCCUCGCCGCCAACACGGCCUCGCAGCUCGAAGCCAACCGCGAGCGCCAGAGGCAGCUCGAGGGCCGCGCCCAGGGUCGCCCAAACGGCCUCGACGCCCGCGACAGGCGCGAGCUCGAGGCCCUCAACCGCGAAGAGCGCACCCUCAUCCGCCGCGAGCGUCUGGCCGCCGAGUCCAGCGGCGAGGACCGACACUGGGUCGUCAAGGCGUGGAUCAAGACCGAGGCCAUUUUCCGCCCGCUCAAGCUGCUCGGCGGCCUGCUCCUCAUGCUCUUCGCCCUCGUCAUCUUCGCCAGCAUGCUCGUCACCGGCAUCGACAAGGCCAAGAACUCCAUCUGCGGCUCGCACUGCGGCUACAUCCUCGCCCAGAUCAACCUCUUCCAGCCGCUGAACUGGGUCCUCGUCAAGUCCGCCAGGGUCUUCCCCGUCGACUACGUCCUCUUCCUGCUGCUCACCCUCUUCCUCUUCUCCGCCUCCGUCGUCGGCAUCGCCACAGCCGGCAUCCGCUUUCUCUGGCUCACCAUCUUCAAGAUCCGCAAGGGCCACACCUCGCCCCAGGCGCUGCUCAUGGCCACCGUGCUGCUCACCCUCAUCGUGCUCGGCAUCAACUACUCCGUCGCCAUGGUCGUCGCCCCGCAGUACGCCACCUUUGGGCCCCAGACCUACUGCGACCUGCCCGUCAACCGCGCCGGCGACCGCCCCGACUGCUCCGAGCACAGAGAGGCGAUCAAGCCCUGCUCCGAGCUCGCCUCCAACCCCGUGGCCCACGACGUCUGCACGCCCUCGGUCCUGAGCACCUUUAUCAACCGCGUCACCAUCAACUUUCCCUUUUUCGGCCUCGUGCUGUUCUGGGCCCAGUUUGCCUUCCUCGCCGUCUACGCCGUCGUCUUCCUCACCACCCUGUUCAAGGUCCCCCGGCUGGACCAGGACCAGAUCGACGCCGACCUGGAGGAGGACGAGGAGGAGGGCCUGCUUGCGAGCACCGGCCGCAGGUUUGGCGCUACCUGGCAGGACAUUACGGGGCGGAAGACCAGCUACGGCGCUGCAGAGAGCCGCGACGCCGGCGGGCCAUAG